ACUCUCAAAAAUUAGUUUCUGUAAUACCCCAUGGAAACCCUUCAAUUAGUCUUCAGCUUGGCUGCUGCAAUAUUUGCUUACUCAAUCUGGUUCCAUUUCCUAGCCAGGAAAUUAACCGGUCCAAGAGUAUGGCCUCUGGUCGGUAGCCUACCGCUUCUUUUCAUGAACCGGAGGAGAAUCCAUGAUUGGAUUGCUAGUAACCUUCGAGCCACUGGUGGUUCAGCAACCUAUCAAACAUGCACCAUUGCUCUUCCUUUCCUGGCUCGCAAGCAAGGGUUCUAUACCGUCACUUGUCACCCCAAAAACAUCGAGCACAUUCUUCGGACGCGGUUUGAUAAUUACCCGAAAGGGCCUCAUUGGCAAGCUGCGUUUCAUGAUCUUUUGGGGCAAGGGAUCUUCAAUAGUGAUGGAGAGACGUGGCUUAUUCAAAGGAAAACAGCAGCACUUGAGUUCACAACCAGGACACUCAGGCAAGCUAUGGCUCGGUGGGUGAAUAGGUCCAUCAAGAACCGGCUAUGGUGUAUUUUGGACAAAGCAGCCAAUGAGAAGGAAUCAGUGGACUUGCAAGAUUUGUUGCUUCGCUUAACGUUUGACAACAUUUGUGGCCUUACCUUCGGUAAGGAUCCACAGACACUGUCUCCUGACUUGCCUGAAAAUACAUUUGCUAUCGCUUUCGACUCUGCCACUGAAACGACUCUAUAUAGGCUUCUUUACCCUGGUUUUCUAUGGAGAUUGGAGAAGUUUUUGGGGAUCGGGGCUGAGAAAAGAUUGAAGAGUAGCCUCCAAAUCGUCGAAGACUACAUGAACGGUGCCAUUGAAGCACGAAAACAAACUCCAUCAGAUGAUCUACUAUCCCGUUUCAUGAAGAAAAGAGACGUUAAAGGCAACCUCUUUACAAGCGAUGUUCUCCAACGCAUUGCUCUGAACUUCGUCCUCGCCGGAAGGGACACCUCUUCCGUAGCCCUCAGCUGGUUCUUCUGGCUCAUCAUGAACCACCCAGAGAUUGAACAAAAGAUCAUCAACGAAAUAUCAACGGUUCUUCGUGACACACGUGGUCCAGAUCCCAAGAAAUGGGUUGAAGAGCCUUUGGCUUUUGACGAAGCCGACAGAUUGAUAUAUCUGAAAGCAGCAUUAACUGAAACACUACGUUUAUACCCCUCAGUUCCCCAGGACUUCAAGUACGUAGUCGAAGACGAUGUCUUACCCGACGGCACAUUCGUGCCGGCCUUCUCAACGGUGACUUAUUCCAUAUAUUCAGUCGGAAGAAUGAAGACUAUAUGGGGAGAAGCAUGCAUGGAGUUUAGGCCUGAAAGGUGGCUAUCACCAGAAGGUGACAAAUUCGAUCCACCAAAGGAUAGCUACAAGUUUGUGGCAUUCAACGCUGGACCAAGGACUUGCCUGGGGAAAGACUUGGCUUACUUGCAAAUGAAGUCAGUGGCCUCAGCUGUGCUGCUGCGUUACCGGCUCUCUCUAGUUCCCGGACAUAAGGUGGAGCAAAAGAUGUCUCUCACGCUGUUUAUGAAGAACGGCCUCCGAGUUUACUUGCAGCCUCGUACACUUGCAUAGAGAUGGGUUGUCUCAACUGUGUAUUUUCUCUUAUGGGGAUACAAGGAAAGGCAUGGAGGAUCGUUGUUUCAAGUCAGAUUUUGGGGGAUUAUAGUUUGAUUUGUUUUAGUUUCAUAAACUUCAUAGAAUAUUUGUUUGAGUGUUGAAAUUAUUGGAUGCGGUAGCUUAAGAGUACACUAAGUUGUCAUUCAAAAGAGUAAAAUGUAUUUGUUAUAUGUUUAUAUUCCAUAUCACGUGAUAUGGGUGUCUAUAUGCUUAUUUAAUAAUUUCAAUAAAGUUAUACUAGCUCACAUCAAA